CAUCGUCGAUUUGACAGGUCAGAGUCCAACUUUUAUGAAGUUUAUAGCAAGUUUUAGUGCAUUAUUAUAGUAUUUUUAGUUAAUUUAUAUCGUUCCAGUCAUCCCAAGUUAGCUGUGAUAUCCCGUAGGAGUUCACUCAGCCAUGGCAUCCCACAUAGCGAAAACUUUGUUGAAAACUUCACAUGCCAGCUCGACGAUCAAAUUUGACACUGCUAGGCGUGCCCUGAGCGUCGGGGCAGCGCUGCAGCAGAAGAAGACCCUCAAAGACCGCACCGGCAAAAAUGUGGUGCUCGUGGAUGGCGUCCGCACCCCCUUCCUUGUCUCCUUCACCGACUACUCCAAGAUGAUGCCCCACGAGCUUGCCAGACACGCCCUGUUGGGUCUUCUGCAAAAGACUGGCAUAGACAAGGAGUUGAUUGACUACAUCAUCUACGGCACGGUCAUCCAGGAGGUGAAGACAUCCAACAUUGGCCGCGAGGCGGCGCUAGCUGCCGGCUUCAGCGACCGCACGCCCUCCCACACUGUCACCAUGGCCUGUAUAUCCUCCAACCAGGCUAUUACUACUGGUAUCGGUAUGAUCGCAGCCGGCGCCUACGACAUCAUCGUCGCCGGCGGCGUCGAGUUCAUGUCCGACGUGCCCAUCCGCCACUCGCGCAAGAUGCGCUCCCUGCUGCUGCGCGUCAACAGGGCCAAGACCCCCGCGCAGCGCCUGUCGCUGCUGGCCUCCAUCCGGCCGGACUUCUUCGCACCCGAGCUCCCUGCCGUGGCUGAGUUCUCAUCCGGAGAGACCAUGGGUCACAGCGCUGACCGGCUAGCGGCCGCUUUCGGCGCCACCCGUCAAGAGCAAGAUGACUACGCUCUGCGGUCGCACAAGGCCGCCGCCGACGCGCAGGCUAAGGGAUACUUCACCGACCUCAUCCCUGUGAAGGUGGACGGUAAGGACGGUCUGGUGGACAAGGACAACGGUAUCCGUGUGUCAACACCUGAGCAGCUCGCCAAGCUGAAGCCGGCCUUCGUCAAGCCGCACGGCACCGUCACCGCCGCCAACGCUUCAUUCCUGACUGACGGCGCGUCGGCGUGCCUGGUGAUGCCGGAGGCCAAGGCCAAGGAGCUCGGCUUCAAGCCCAAGGCCUAUCUGAGGGACUUCACUUACGUCGCUCAGGAUCCCGUGGACCAGCUGCUGCUGGGGCCCGCGUACGGCAUCCCCAAGAUCCUGGACAAAGCCGGCCUCACCAUGAAGGACGUCGACUCCUGGGAGAUCCACGAGGCUUUCGCCGGUCAAAUCUUGGCCAACUUGAAGGCGAUGGACUCUGACUGGUUCGGCCAGACCUAUCUGAAGAGGCAGGGCAAGGUGGGCUCGCCUGACAUGUCCAAGUGGAACAACUGGGGAGGUUCUCUGUCCAUUGGACAUCCCUUCGCUGCCACUGGUGUCCGGCUGGCGAUGCACACGGCCAACCGGCUGGUGCGCGAGGACGGGCACCUCGGCGUCGUCAGCGCGUGCGCCGCCGGCGGCCAGGGCGUCGCCAUGAUCCUGGAGAGGCAUCCCGACGCCACCGCCGACUAGACCACCACCCACUCCACGCCACACGCCACACGCCACACGCCACACGCCACACGCAGCAUCAGAGUAGUAACAACUGGUCAAUUGACAAGAGCUGCCACGAAUGGAACGAAUGAGUGAAUGAAAAUAUCUGUGUGUAUGACACAUGAAUCUAGUAUAACUGGAUCGGUCAUGAGCCGCAUGAUUCAGUAGGAGCCUCACAUUUUUUUUAUGCCCCACCGUAAAUUUAGUAUGGUUUAUGAUGGGCUACAAAUCUACUCGACCAAUCAUAUUGUCGCAUUGCGUAUGUUCUGUCCCUCACGGGCGCACGCGUAUAGCUGAUCUAUGUAAUGCUAGGUCUAUGUUAUCACAUUAACCAAUGAAAUGGCGGCUCGGACUGUAUACCGAUACACGUGUCACUCAUACGAUGAAAGUUUCAUUAAUUCCAUUCGUGCCAACUUUCGUGAAACGACCUGUACGUGACGCUGUACGAAGCGUCCAGAGAUCGAGGACUGACGACUGUAGCGAUUACAAAUAUGUAGGCUGAAAUUAACCCUGAUAUCGGACGUAGUUUAGCAAAAAGGAUUGAUCCUCAAAAUUUUGGUAUUUAAAUGAAUGACUUAUGUUUUUGACAGACAGUUAAAACUUCAUUGACAAUAUUUAUGGGUUGGAUCCUUUUCCCCAAAAUUAUGUCCAAUUAUUAGGUAUGAUUCGUUUUGAAGUGUUACAAAUUAUCGAAAAUUAUGUUACCCAGUGAUUUUGUAACACUAAGUCUACCUCUAUUGUGCAUAUUUUACGUGAAAAUAGACACAUACCUACACCACGUGUAUUAUACCGUAACGUAAAGUAACAAUAACAUCAGGGUAUAUAACGCUGCCUAUAACACGUAAUACAGAAAUCAGUCCAUUAGAUUUGGACGUAAACAUGGCCUUAGAAAUAAUUUAUUUUUCUCUGUCUUGUCUGCAAAAUUUUAUUUAAUUAUAAAAAAUGUCUUCCGCCAUAGGAAAAACCACUGCCUAAAAGAACGUGUCAUUUUAUAUAGGCACGUACCUAUAUCAUAUUUUAGCGAUAUGCAGCGUUUUAAAAUAACCAAUUUUUUCUAAAAAUAUGCUUCAAAAAUAAAAACAGGUUACUAGUACCUAUGUAAUCUUCGUCACUCUGUAAAUAUAUAAAAAAAAAAACAAUAUUAUAUCCUUGAGACCUAUUUGGUGUGAAAUAAUUAUUUUUCUAAAACAAUAAAAUACACCUUAUUCCAUAAUGCCAUGUUAAAAGAAGUAUGUGCAUGUUUGUGUAGUUAUUCUUAUUAAGAACAUAAUUGAGGAGUCUUUUUAAAAGGGCUUAUUUCUUUAUGGACACCAUACAAAAAUAAGCCCUUUUGAAAAGUCACUCCUCAAUUGUAAUCUAACUAAACAAAAUAUUCUGAGAUUACGAAGUUGGCGAGUCAAAAUUUUGUAUUAUGUAUUUAUUCGUAUAUUUUUUGACCCUACAGUAAAUUUUGUAAGAUUUACCUAUUUAUUACAUCAUGUAAGUUAAGUGUAAUACAAUGACAAAGAUAUGUUCUAAGACAGUGUCCUACAUUUAAUUGUUUGGUAAGAAAUGUGUAUGUAAUGAAUAAUUUUAUUAAAGAAUGUUAGUAAAA